CUUACACUUCAGCAUGAAAGACUGUAGGAAACUUUAUGGCUGCAUUUACCGGAAUCUCCUUUAUUAUAUCAACGGUAAGGAAAAUGUGGUGAAGUUUCAUGCAACUCCACGCCUCUACGCUUCAGGAAGCAAUAGAUUCGCAUUUGUUGGGCCUAUCAGGAUACUGGUUAUAGGUGCAGCUUGUUCGGGAGCGACAACACUAUGCAGACGGAUUGCACGUGAAUUCAGUAUGGCUCAUUUGAACUCCGACAGUUAUUUCCCCGAACAAAGAGAGAGCGGAUUCAAACGAAGAACCUUAUCCCAAGAGUUUCAACGAGCACGGGUAUCUCAACAGUCUUCAAUCGACUUGGUGACGUUAGUGGAAUGCCUUCACUUGCAUCGAAAUGACUGUCCUAAUGGUAUGGUGCUUGAUAAUUUCCCUAUCACACCCAAAGAUCUCAUCGAUGCCGCUCAGGAAAACAUCGGAUUUCAUAUCGUGUUGAUUAUAAAGACUGAUUUCUCGACUGUAUGGAGAAAUUGGAAGACAGCUUAUCAGCAGACGGAGCCUCAGACAAUGGUCAACCUUAUUUAUGAGCUCUCCAUUCUAUACAAAAAAUUUCAAAGGUAUGCUAAGAUUUUGAAGCGGUAUGAAACGCCCCAGAGGGACCUCGACUUGUUCAACAUAGUUUACUUGAAGCGAACUGUUUCGAAGUGGGCCCAGUGGGAAGAUGCUAAGAGUGAAAUACUAUUGUGCCUUCGAGAGAUUGGGAGCUAUAAGAAGAAACUCCUCAACCAAGAGUGCGUGGGGAUUUCCCGCUUUAAUAUUUUUCGAAAAGAGUAUGAAAGGCGACUAAGUCCAACGAAGAUGUACUGUCCGAUUUGUUUGAAAGCAGACGGAAAGCUGGUGAUGUACCGUCACGAUUACCACUCCGUUGAUGCAAAAUUUUACUCUCCGGCAUGCCAGCGAAUUAUCAAUGAGCCAUUUGGAUACAAUAUAUAUUACCUCCGGAACAAGCAUGGUUUUCCGAAACCAUACAAGGUCAAUAUCAGUUACCCGCCAAUUUUCUCUAAGAAUAUGUUCAAAACGAACUUGGUGCAGUACCUCAACCAUUUUUACUGGACCUGUGAUCAGCAUCAUUUGGACGUGUUGUUGAAUAGCGAAAAUCAUUUACCUCCAAGUACACUCUCUUAUCCGCCAUAUCUCCCCUUUUUAGUUACAAAUUAUUUUCAAAAAAAUAUUGCCAACGAAGGGUUCUGCGUGGUGACUUAUCACGAAAAUUUGCCGAAAGAAAUUUACAUCCCUGGCAACCCGAACUAUGCUGUGUACUAUCGAGGCAACGUAUACCUUUCUGCUUCUGCUGAUUGUGCAUUGCAGUUCCUGGAAAAUCCAUCACUUUAUUACCGUGUCAAAAUGCCGCCGUAUACUGAACCUUAUCUAAAUGUCGAACUAAAAGACAUGCAAAUUGAUUUUGGUCCUUUGACACCACAGAUUAUUAUAGAAGCUCUCACUGCUUUGGCGGAACACAGACCGAAGCAUCUCGCGUUAAGUAUUGCAGAUUCCGCCGCAGUAUUUAUUGGACUCUACUUGAAGACAAUCAACCCAAUUAGCAAAUCAGAAUCCCUAAAACUAAGCGAGGAACUCUACUCCAAAUACAUUGGCGAGUGCUCGUAUCUUAAGUGGUUGAUCGACCAAUUUCAGCAAAAAAUUAACCCUUACGUAGCGCAGUGAUAGCGGUUUAGAUUUCUGCAGUAAAUGGAGUGGAAGAAAAAUUUAGAUGUGCUUUGUAACUUCCAUUUGGGCAACCUCCACCGUCAAUUCGAUGGCCAGUGAAGGGCAAUAGGUAUAUUUAGAAUAUAAUUUAGAAAGUAAUUGUUAUUUUAUAAAAUUGG